AAUAAAAAUAAAAAAAUAAAAAUAAAUAAAAAUAAAAUAAAAGAAGAAACUGGCUUGGAUGAAAUAAUCUCUGUAUGCAGUGUUGAAACUAAAGAAAAAUUGAAGCCAUCAAACAAACAAAAUGUUCCUAUCAAGUGUAACUGAAUUUUAGCUUUUAUUACCUAUUCUCUACUUUUAAAAUAACUUUUCGCUAUUAAAGGAACUUAUUCCAAAAUUCAGACAAUUUUAUAGAAAAGGUAUAUUCUAGGCAAAUAGUAUUAAAUCACUUACCUAGAAAAUAUACCUUCUUCCCUUUUCAAAAAAUAGCUGCAAUUUCUAGCAGUAUAUGUGAAUCUAGUGUUGGGCAUAAGCUUAAGAAGGCAUUGGAGGAAUUUUUUAUUACUAAGAGUUCAUUCACAAACUUUGCUUGUCUGUGUUGAAAAGUGGCAUUGGCCAUUUCCUCUGGGGACAUUAUUUCUAGGUAGGCUGUAACAGAGUUUUCCUGUGAAGGCAGAUUCUUAGGGAAAAUAGUAUCUGUGUGCAUGAAAUGGUAGAGACACAUUUAUCUUUAAAAUAAAUGUUCCUAUUUGUGAAUUUCUCUACUGCAUUUAAUAAAGUAAAUAAUGCCCAUUUCCUUUCAAUCCAGUAACUCCUUGGGACACAGUUUUACCCAGGAGCUAUUUUACCUUUGAGUCUGGAUGAAACAUGCAACUUAAUAAACUCCAAAAGUCUUACACUAUAAAACUCUGAGGGAUGAUAAAUGCUUCCCUCCCUUUGUUAUGGUCUGAAGCAUUUUCAAUCUGAGUUGUUUUCCUCAGUCAUGUAGAGGGAGUUUUGUUUUCUGGGAAGUCUUGGUUGCUGGUAAAUAAUGUGUCCAAACUGUAGGAGGCACCCACAAAAUUUAUCAUACAAGUAUGAAAGGUUAGGGUUGAAAGGCUGAGAUCCUAAAAUCAUGCAUCAUUUUCAUUUUACACAUGAGAGGUGAUGUAACUACACAGGAGAGUGAGAGCCGAGAAUGAAAAGUCAAGAUUCGUCUACUACAUAGUGGCUGCCUCUGGCUCAACAGAAACACUCCCAUGUGGGAGUCAGUUGCUGAAAACCCAACUAAGCCUAGCUCCUCAACUGUCUCCUCAGGCUUCACUUCAAACAUAAUUCAUAUCUAUUCUAUUUCUUAAUGUGUCUCAUCACACAGUUAAACGCUAGUCAUACUAACUCAACUCUACAUAUACUAGAAUGUAAAAGAUACCCUUCCACCCCCCGCUGUCUGCUCCUUGAAGGCCAUGUCUGCCUUUCUCAGUUUGUACAGAGCCCAACAUAAAUGGGCCCUUCAUACGUGCUUUUUGAUGAGAGCAAUGAUUGCCUUCACGUCAGUGUGGUUGGGCCCUCCCUUAUGGAGGAGGAAAACCAACAGUUGUUGCUAAGCAACAUUUAAAGGACUAGGUUAAUUUCUGACACUAAGUGACCUUCAUUUGCAUACUUCGCCAUGUUGUGUGUUUUAUGAUUGCCUUAAGAUGACUUUGUUUUUUGGUGGCAUUGCUGUAUGCCCUUAGCAAAAGGCUCCUAGGAGAACUAGUUUAGGCCUGGAAAGGAGGAAGGUGAUAUUCAUCUGUUAAUGACUUAGAUGAGUACACUGAUCCUUUCAGUAAACUAUGUGGGAAAGGUGAGGAGUCUGGUUUAUUUUCAGCCCUGCAGCUGACAGCCACCUCCCUGAUCCCAUAAUGAAAGUGAUUGACAAUGUAUCCCAACAGGGUCCUGUGGCAAUGGGAGGCCAUAGGAAGAAAAUAAACAGAGAAGUCUUUCCUCUUAUAGCCUUUUAUGAUCCAAUUUCUACCUGCUCCUAUCUUCUGAGCAGAGAUGCUGAUAGAGCUAAUAAAGAACUGGCCCUACCGUCUCCAGACUGUUUGCUGUUGUGGUUAAACAACGUGCCCUAAUAUAUCUAUUCCUACUAGAAUGAAAGCUGAUUAAAAGCAUGAAAAGAGUUUUUGUUUGUUCCUUUGUUUUUUUUCACUGCUAUAUCAUCACUCUUUUUCCUGGUCAUUUUAGGUAUUCAAUAAAUGGUUGACAAAUAAGUGGAAAAAAAAGGUGAUUAUUGAACUAAUACCAACCUGAUUGACUCUAAAACAUUCCUAAGUGUUUCAGAGAGACUAAAGAAGCCAAAAUGAGACAAUUGUUUGAAUGUUAUAUUUGCCUAAGUCUAGUGCAGAGAAAAUUAUGGAAGAAAUCAUCUGUCUCUAAGCUUUUUACAAGAUAUUUUUACAAUGAUUCAAGUAAAGUUUACUUCUUUGCCAAAAUUCAGCUUAUUGGUCAGAGCAAUAAACUUGUCUUCUUCAGCUUCUGAGUCUUCAGCCUAAGUACCUGUCUUUUAAGGAUUUAAGAUGAGAGGCCAUUGUGACUGAGCAGUUGUGUCUUUAAAACUAAAUACUUUGGAAGUCAUGCGAUUCACAGAUUCACCUGGGGUUCAAAAUUGCACAGAGGUUCAAUAAGUAAAAUACGCUAGCUGAGAUGAUUGAUUCAGAGAUGCCUGGUUACUAACAUAUUGUAUCAUGGGAAACACACCCACAUACACAAGUAGGGUUACCCAAAAAGAGGGUGAUUGGACAUCUUUGAGAACAAUGCAUGGUGCAGUGAGCCAGCAGGCAGAAAUACUGACUUGCAUUGGCUUCACCUCCAAAAGCCAGGUCUCCUAGGCACAGGCCAUGGCGUAACCCCGGGCUUGGAUACUUGAAAUAAAGCUAUUGUUGGAGGCUGAUGCUCAUUUGAAAGGGGAACGCCUCACAGGAAAAAAAGCCAAUUGCAAGUCGGGGUUGUUGCCGUGGUACUUUGCUACUCCUUCAACAUGCUAUAAAUGAAAUUAUGGGAGUACAGGGGUAGGAUAACAGAGGGGAGAGAUGAGGAGGGAAAUGGGAUGAGCCUGGGGCAGGGAAUCCCACUGCAGUAAAGCUCUAGUGUUUCCCCUUGCCUGUACUCUAAUGCUGACAAGGAGAAGGGAGGGGCUGGGAAGAAGGGAGAGAGAAACAUGCAGGGAAGAAAUGACUUUCUCAACAUGCCCUGGAUGGCUAAAAUAAAAUAAAAAUUAAUUUAAAUCCUCAGAUUUCUAAUGUGAGUUAGAAGAGGUAACACUAAAUCUCAAACAAUUCACCAUUCUUUCAGUUAUGACUGUUCAUAUUUCCUAACACACUCUGGAUCUUAGAUGGAAAGGUUAAAAGAGUUUAAUACAUUUGUCGAAUGCAAUCUAAUAUGCAUAUCAAUGAGCUAAUGGAGGGCAGAAACUUACAUGCUGCAUAGGAAGUACUUUUCAAAUGAAAUAAAUUAAUUCCAUUCCCAUUCAUUUUACUAUGAAAAGAGGCUAAAUGCAUUGGCACACGCUUGGUGUGCGACAAAUAAUCCUCCAAAAAGCUAGUUCACAAAAAUUAUUGUGUACCGGCAAGCCUAGUCUGAAAACAGCCAUGGUCCUAACCUUUUUUAAAUGUUUGUUUAAAUGUUCAGAAAGUCGAUUAAUCAAAUGCAUCAUCACUUUGAUCCAUUAGAGCAGCUGGAUUUUUGUGCAGAGGCUGCAUCUGCAGAAUUCUGGUCUGCAGUGGAGAGAGAGGGUUAAGGAACACCUAGUUGAAAUGGGGGAGGGUACCAACUUCAGAUUUACUUAAAUAUUCAUGGGGCUUCCUCCAUUUUAAUCUUCUCCUUUUUAAAAGAUGGCUGUGUUUCCUAGUCUGGCAACUCCUCAGGAAAGAAGAAUUGCUUCUUCCUUGCAGAGUUCGGCUGAGUAGGACUAAUGUAGAAGAGUGGAAACCCCUUCGGCCACCAGGACUAUUCAUAAUUCAUAAGUGCUUCAAACCAGCCAGCUGAAUACAUUUGGACAGGCUCUUGCUCCUUCGUGCAAUUCCUGAUUUCAUUGCUCUCUUCUGCCAGGAAAUAAGCAGGGAGCAUAGGCUUCUUGCAAGAAUGGAGUGCGAAGAUGGGCUUUGUUUGGCUUAGGAAAUGCCAUACAUUUUGGAGGUUUUGUCUUUUCUAAGUUUUGAUUAUUUUAUCACUGGAUCUGCAGGGCUUUCCUGAUCCUUUCGGGAUUGCUCUCUCAGAACCGUGAAUUCUUUCAAAGGGAUUUGUGGAUUGUGGCAAAGAGAGCAUUCCAAAAUGCCUGAGGCAAAUUAUUUGUUAUCUGUAUCUUGGGGUUACAUCAAGUUCAAAAGAAUGCUGAACCGGGAGCUGACACACCUCUCAGAGAUGAGCCGGUCAGGGAACCAGGUGUCUGAAUACAUUUCAAAUACUUUCUUAGACAAGCAGAAUGAUGUGGAGAUCCCAUCUCCCACCCAGAAAGACAGGGAGAAAAAGAAAAAGCAGCAGCUCAUGACCCAGAUAAGUGGAGUGAAGAAAUUAAUGCAUAGUUCAAGCUUAAACAAUACAAGCAUCUCACGCUUUGGAGUCAACACUGAAAAUGAAGAUCACCUGGCCAAGGAACUGGAAGACCUGAACAAAUGGGGUCUUAACAUCUUUAAUGUGGCUGGAUAUUCCCACAAUAGGCCCCUAACAUGCAUCAUGUAUGCUAUAUUCCAGGAAAGAGACCUCCUGAAGACAUUCAGAAUCUCAUCUGACACAUUUAUAACCUACAUGAUGACUUUAGAAGACCAUUACCAUUCCGAUGUGGCAUAUCACAACAGCCUGCACGCUGCUGAUGUAGCUCAGUCAACCCACGUUCUCCUUUCUACACCAGCAUUAGACGCUGUCUUCACAGAUUUGGAAAUCCUGGCUGCCAUUUUUGCAGCUGCCAUCCAUGACGUUGAUCAUCCUGGAGUCUCCAAUCAGUUUCUCAUCAACACAAAUUCAGAACUUGCUUUGAUGUAUAAUGAUGAAUCUGUGUUGGAAAAUCAUCACCUUGCUGUGGGUUUCAAACUGCUACAAGAAGAACACUGUGACAUCUUCAUGAAUCUCACGAAGAAGCAGCGUCAGACACUCAGGAAGAUGGUUAUUGACAUGGUGUUAGCAACUGAUAUGUCUAAACAUAUGAGCCUGUUGGCAGACCUGAAGACAAUGGUAGAAACAAAGAAAGUUACAAGUUCAGGCGUUCUUCUCCUAGACAACUAUACUGAUCGCAUUCAGGUCCUUCGCAACAUGGUGCACUGUGCAGACCUGAGCAACCCCACCAAGUCCUUGGAAUUGUAUCGGCAAUGGACAGACCGCAUCAUGGAGGAAUUUUUCCAGCAGGGAGACAAAGAGCGGGAGAGGGGAAUGGAAAUUAGCCCAAUGUGUGAUAAACACACAGCUUCUGUGGAAAAAUCCCAGGUUGGUUUCAUCGACUACAUUGUCCAUCCAUUGUGGGAGACUUGGGCAGAUUUGGUACAGCCUGAUGCUCAGGACAUUCUCGAUACCUUAGAAGAUAACAGGAACUGGUAUCAGAGCAUGAUACCUCAAAGUCCCUCACCACCACUGGACGAGCAGAACAGGGACUGCCAGGGUCUGAUGGAGAAGUUUCAGUUUGAACUGACUCUCGAUGAGGAAGAUUCUGAAGGACCUGAGAAGGAAGGAGAGGGACACAGCUAUUUCAGCAGCACAAAGACACUUUGCGUGAUUGAUCCAGAAAACAGAGAUUCCCUGGGAGAGACUGACAUAGACAUUGCAACAGAAGACAAGUCCCCAGUUGAUACAUAAUCCCCCUCUCCCUGUGGAGAUGAACAUUCUCCCCUUGAUGAGCAUGCCAGCUAUGUGGUAGGGCCAGCCCACCAUGGGGGCCAAGACCUGCACAGGACAAGGGCCACCUGGCCUUUCAGUUACUUGAGUUUGGAGUCAGAAUGCAAGAUCAGGAAGCAAAGAGCAGCUCAGGAAAUCCCACAGUUGACUUGCCUUGCUGGCAAGCUUGGUGGAGAGGGCUGAAGCUGUUGCUGGUGGCCGGUUCUGAUCAAGACACAUGGCUUGAAAAUGGAAGACACAAAACUGAGAGAUCGUUCUGCACUAAGUUUCGGGAACUUAUCCCCGAUAGUGACUGAACUCACUGACUAAUAACUUCAUUUAUGAAUCUGCUCACUUGUCCCUUUGUCUGCCAACCUGUGUGCCUUUUUUGUAAAACAUUUUCAUGUCUUUAAAAUGCCUGUUGAAUACCUAGAGUUUAGUAUCAACUUCUACACAGACAAGCUUUCAAAGUUGACAGACUUUUUUGACUCUUUCUGGAAAAGGGAAAGAAAAUAGUCUUCCUUCUUUCUUGGGCAAUAUCCUUCACUUUACUACAGUUACUUUUGCAAACAGACAGAAAGGAUACACUUCUAACCACAUUUUACUUCCUUCCCCUAUUGUCCAAUCCAACUCCACAGCCACUCAUAACUUCUCUCUGUUUGCUUGCCUUCAACAAUACUUUUUCUCCUCUGGAGUUCAACGUUUUGCUGUAAACAGAAUAAAAUUUAACAAAUUAGAAGGUAGAAAGGAGCAGUGGUGUUGUUCACCAUAAAAGUGUGCAUAGCACUAAGCAGUGUGCCCUGCUGUGUCUUGGACCCUGCCCCUGACAGGAGUUGUACAGUCCCUGGCCCUAUUCCCUACCUCCUCUUUUCACCCAGUUACGCUGUUUUCAAUGUAAUGCUGCCGUCCUUCUCUUGCACUGCCUUCUGCGCUAACACCUCCAUUCCUGUUUAUAACCGUGUAUUUAUUACUUAAUGUAUAUAAUGUAAUGUUUUGUAAGUUAUUAAUUUAUAUAUCUAACAUUGCCUGCCAAUGGUGGUGUUAAAUUUGUGUAGAAAACUCUGCCUAAGAGUUACGACUUUUUCUUGUAAUGUUUUGUAUUGUGUAUUAUAUAACCCAAACAUCACUUAGGAGAGACAUACAGCCCCCUUGGCAGAGAGGACAGGGGUGGGCUUUUGUUCACAGGGUCUGCCCUUUCCCUGCCUGAGUUGCUACUUCUGCACAACCCCUUUAUGAACCAGUUUUGGAAACAAGAUUCUCACAUUAGAUGCUAAAUGGUUUAUACUGAGCUUUUACUUUUGUAUAGCUUGAUAGGGGCAGGGGGCAAUGGGAUGUAGUUUUUACCCAGGUUCUAUCCAAAUCUGUGUGGGCAUGAGUUGGGUUAUAACUGAGUCCUACUAUCAUUGUGGCUUUGGUUCAAAAAGCAACACUACAUUUGCUCACAGAUGAUUCUUCUGAAUGCUCCCAAACUACUGACUUUGAAGAGCUAGCCUCCUGCCUGCCAUUAAGCAGGAAUGUCAUGUUCCAAUUCAUUACAAAAGAAAACGAUAAAACAAUGUGAACUUUUAUAAUAAAAUGUGAACUGAUGUAGCAAAUUAUGCAAAUGUGAAGCCUCUUCUGAUAACACUUGUUAGGCCUCUUACUGAUGUCAGUUUCAGUUUGUAAAAUAUGUUUCAUGCUUUCGGUUCAGCAUUGUGACUCAGUAAUUACAGAAAAUGGCACAAAUGUGCAUGACCAAUGGGUUUGUGUGUCUAUGAACACUGCAUUGUUUCAGGUGAACAUUUGAUCAUUUUCAAACGUUUCUCACAAUGUAUGUUAUAGUAUUAUUAUUAUAUAUUGUGUUCAAAUGCAUUCUAAAGAGACUUUUAUAUGAGGUGAAUAAACAAAAGCAUGAUUA